CGCUGAUUCCCCUAUUGCUUUGCCAAUAACGCAACCCACACCCUACAUUUACGCAUAUAGUUAACGCUCUCCUUAAAUCGCAAUGUCUUCCACAAAGCCAGCGGAGAACCCAACCAGCUUCGCGCCCGAUCUCGAGAUCGUCGGAGAUAAAGUCCGAAUCCAGCCUACCGGCUUCACUGCCGGCGCCAAGGUCGAAGAUGGCGGUAUCACAGAACGGCGUCUAGUACAGCAAAUGGGCCGCUUUCGACAGAACCCAUUCGAGUUUCUACGAGAGAUCAGCUUGUUUGUGUCUGGUACAGGAUGGCGAGCAUAUGAUGAUUUUGUUGGCCAGCCAAUUUUCUAUUCUGGCUUUACGGAGAAGGUAAAAUCUGAAGUUCUGCACCACCCGUUGCUUCAGGGAAAAAUUGCCGAGCUGGCUGAGCUGAGGACAAAAGUGGAAGAGAAAGAUGGGCUGCUGAACGGGCCAUCCAAUAACAACGGCGACAAAAGCUUACGUCGGACAAAUGAGAUUAUAGCCAAUUUGCGCGAGGUGGUGGAUACUAUGAUUGAUAAUAUGAUUUGCAAGAUGGAGAGUAAGACCUUCAUCCGAGGCGCUUACUAUCUCUGUACCCAGCUCCUCACAAGAGCUUAUCACCAAGGAAUCCAUGUUUCUAGCGAAGAAGUCCUCCGUCUAAGAGCAGUGGCCAAAGAAGCAGCAGAGAAAAAGAAAUCUAUCAUCUUCCUUCCUUGCCAUAAAUCUCAUGUCGACUAUGUCUCGCUCCAGAUUAUUUGCUACCGCCUUGGAAUUGCGCUGCCCGUUGUUGUGGCAGGAGACAACCUCAACAUUCCUCUUCUAGGACCAUUUCUGCAGCACGCCGGUGCAAUGUGGAUUCGACGCAGUUUUGGAAACGAUCCCUUAUAUCAUACUCUGGUUCAAGCUUAUGUCGAUACCCUUCUCAGCAAUGGCUACAAUUUUGAAUGCUUUGUAGAAGGUGGCCGGUCAAGAACAGGAAAGCUCUUGCCACCAAAAUACGGUAUUUUGAGCUUUUUGUUGGACAGUGUCUCUUCAGGUCGAGUGGACGACGCCAUAAUAUGCCCGGUCAGCACGCAGUACGACAAAGUCAUAGAAACAGAGUCCUAUAUCAGCGAGCUUCUUGGCCAGCCAAAGCAAAAAGAAAACUUGAAGGACUUCUUGUCCUCGUCAUCGGUAUUGUCCCUGAAGUUGGGGCGCGUUGACGUCCGUUUCCACGAGCCUUGGAGCUUAAAACAAUUCAUAACGGAACAAUUGACGAGGCUCAACAAGAACCCCAGCAGUAUCAGUCUUGUUGAUCCUGCCGAAAGAGGGCGCAUUCUCAGAACGCUUGGAUAUCGAGUUCUUUCACAAAUCAAUGAUGUUUCAGUAAUCAUGCCUACAGCCUUAGUUGGUACCGUCCUUUUAACUCUCCGAGGCCGUGGGGUUGGAAAAGCUGAGCUAGUUCGCCGUGUUGACUGGCUUUGUGAGCGUGUGAGAGCCAAAGGAGGACGAGUCGCGCAUUUUUAUCGGGCUGCAACCGAACAUGUGGUGGAUCGUGCUCUUGAGGACCUAGGUCCAAAACUAGUUGGUGAAGUAGGCGGACUUGCGGAGCCCACCUUUUACGCUGUGGACAGGUUUCAGCUCUCGUUUUACCGCAACAUGACGAUACAUCUCUUCAUCACCGAAGCUUUGGUCUCUGCUGCGAUGUAUACGCGUGUGAAGCAAGGUGGCGGACCAGCAAACCAACGAAUUUCAUACGAUGAAUUGCUCUCUCAGGUUUCAUUUUUAUCACAGAUCUUUCGUGGUGAAUUUAUAUUUCCUCCAGAAGGAUUGACUACAAAUCUUGAGAAGACUCUACACGGCUUGGAACGUGAUAACGUGAUUAAAGUGACCCGUAAUUCGACAAAUGUUCCCACGGUGAUUGAAUUAAGCGACCAAGAACGGCAGUGCGGACGGGAGAACUAUGACUUUUACUGCUUCCUCGUCUGGCCCUUUAUCGAAGCCUGCUGGCUUGGAGCAGUCUCCCUUCUAGGACUCACGCCACCAUUAUCCAACCCACACACCUUCUGGGUCGAUCUAAAGAAAGCACAAGAUAAUGCUCAGCUGCUGGGCAAAACACUUUAUCACCAAGGAGAUCUAUCGUACUUCGAAGCCGUGAACAAAGAGACACUCAAGAACGCUUAUCAGAGAUUCGAAGAGGAGGGGAUCAUAAUUGUCGCCAGAAGCAAGGAGUCCGGUACCGCUGCAACCCUGCGGAUUGCCCCCAAUUGGAUGCCGGAAAGGGACCCUGAAACUGGGAAACUACUACCUCGCGGAAGGCUUUGGGAUUUUACAGAUUUGAUCGCCCAGUCGCGACGCGAAGGGAAAAACAGACGAGACGGGGCGACCGUCUCUUCCCGUGUCUUGACCAUGAGCGAUGCAGUAGGACAAGUAUUAUUCCGGAAAGCAGAGCUCCCAAGCUCAGGGACUCCAGAAGAUGACGUGAAGUUAUCCACAACCAAGAUGAGACGGAAAGCAAUCGAGACACCAUCAAAACUGUGAGUGAGAAGAGUCAUUUGCUCUUAUGCUCUGAUGUAUUUACUGUUUAUACCCCCCAAUUUUUUUUCCAGCUAUAGAGCCUGUGAUCCUAGAUGGCUUUUUGUAAUAUAUCUAUGCAUUGGGCCAUUUCCUACCGGCAAGAAAUAAAUCUAUUUCUUUUUAUACUAUUAACU